AUGACUCGCCAUCUCGCCCGUCAAGCCAACACUUGCACCGGCAGCAAGCAAUGGUAUGUUUGCUCCAAGGGCAAAUUCCAUGGCUGUUGUUCAGUCGAUCCGUGCAAUACCGGGGUAUGCCCCGAUCAAGAAAACCAGACAACACUGUCAACUGCGACUACUGCAAACACCUCCAAAGCUACCUCAACUACAACAGCGACCUCACCAACGGCAGCUAUCACCACCGCCCCGUCUACAAGCUCGCAGGGAGACAUCCCAGGCAUCAUUGCGUCUCGGACUGUGACUCAGGCCGUUGCACCGGCAACAGAUACUGCCAAUACGAGUCCUGGCAGGGACCAUGGCGCAUUGAUCGGGGGUGUUGUGGGAGCUGUACUGGCCUUGAUCCUGCUGAGCGGGCUGUUAUUCCUAGUUUACCGAUCUCGCAAGAAGCAUGGUAAACGGUUUGUUUUGCUGAGCUGGCGUGUGACUCGUGAGGAGAGCCAUGAGAAAGCGCUGCCAGUUGCAAGCAGUAGGGGCUUUGGCUCUGGGAACGAGGAACAAUUGCCUGAUGGUGAGAUACGACGCCCCCUACAAACAACCCCCGAACUCUCAGACACAGGCUUCUACCGCCAACGCGCCGAGCUGGCCGCAUACUCCCAAAGCGAGCUAAUCAACAUCCCUCCCUCGCGACGGCAGGCGCUCCCUGCGCAGCAUACCGAUCCCGAGACUGAGCAGUCGGCUCAGCCGCAGCUGCCGUCGAUCAUCACGCCGGACGGGGUGAUCCUGGGCGCGAACUUCGAUUACAGGGUUCCUGGGGAUGAUCCGUAUCCUGGUCCUGGGGAGGGGCUCAGCCAUGUGCUUAGCUUUAUGCAUUUUGAGGAGGGCGGGCGUUCAGGGGAGUGGAGGAAGAGUUUUGAGAGUGGGACGGGGGUUUGA